AUGCUAAGAGAAGAAGGUUACAAUGAGGAAUUCAACUAUGACAGAAUGGCGACUUUGGACCUAGGGAGACAAGAAAAUAGAAAAUACCCUACAGAUCUGAAAUCCAGCUGUGCUGACCUGCCUACAGGACUUCACCCCUGUGUGAAAUACAAAACCUGGAUAUUUUCACUUCUAAUGGGGAGUUGCCUUCUUGCAACAUCAGGAUUUUCACUUUACCUUGGAAAUGUUUUCCCCUUUGAAAUGGAUUACUUGCGGUGUGCUGCGGGUUCUUGUGUGCCUUCUGCUAUAGUACAUUUUGCAUCAGUGAAAAACAGAGGCAGUGUGCUUUCAAACUACCAGAUUUUAUUUGUAACAUCAUUUUCUAUUACCACCACCUGUUUAAUUUGGUUUGGAUGUAAACUCGCCUUCAACCCAUCAGCAAUCAAUAUCAAUUUUAAUUUGAUUCUUCUUAUCCUGAUGGAGAUUGUUAUGGCAUUGACUGUGAUCGUCUCAGCAAGAUCCAAUGAAGACUGCUGUAAAACAAACAGAGUAGGUAUUUAUAAAUCCGGUUUAAAACGUUUAAAAUUUCCUUCACGGAUGCUAAAAUCAUAUUCGAUCGUGGAGGUAGUUUUAGGUAUUUCCGUAAUGUUUGCGGGCCUUAUUGCUUUAAACAUUGGUGUCCUGGUAAACAGCCCUUAUUUAUAUCUGUCAAUCUUUUGGAUGUUAGCCGCUUGUUUCCCAACAGUUAUUGCCAGCCAUGUUGCAGCUGAAUACCCAAGUAAAUGCAUGGUGGAGGUGUUGAUUGCAACCACCGGUAUAACUUCUCCAUUACUAUUCACUUCUACAGCCUACCUGUCUUUAAGUAUUAAGAAAACAAUUAACAUUUUUUUAAUCUAUCCAUUAGAUUCUCCUGACAUCUAUUUUGUUCUUGUGCUACUUCUGAUGUUGUUUCAAAUGAUUCAGGCUAUACUUGCUAUAACCACCAUCAUACAAUGUGUGCAUUACAAGUCACUUAUGUUAAUGCAAAAUUCGUCUUUGAACAUUUCAAAUAUGGAUAAGCAUGAAUACAAAAUCAUUGAUGUUUCCAGUAAUACAUUGAGAGAUUUUGACAAAGAUAAAGCAUGGAAAACUGUAAUGGUGCAAAUGGCCCAAUAACAUAAUUUCUGUUCUGUUCCAAAUAUUAUGAAAGUGGAUUGUUAAGCUUUUUACGGCUUACAGAUAGAGAGGGUGCCAAGGGCUAAAGGUAUCAGACACCAAUGUAGUGUAAAAAAUAUAUUUAAUAAAAAUCAAUAUACAAUCAUAAAAUCAGUACAAAAU